AUGUUAUUCAUUCAAGUUAUGGCAGAUUGUCCGCAUACUAUUGGAGUAGAAUUUGGUACAAGAAUUAUUGAAGUAAAUGGUCAAAAAAUUAAAUUACAAAUAUGGGAUACAGCAGGACAAGAGCGUUUUAGAGCAGUUACAAGAUCUUAUUAUCGUGGGGCAGCCGGAGCACUUAUGGUGUAUGAUAUAACUCGACGUUCCACUUACAACCACUUGAGUAGUUGGCUAACAGAUACACGCAAUCUCACCAAUCCUAGCACUGUUAUAUUUUUGAUAGGGAACAAAAGUGAUUUAGAAGGUCAGCGGGAUGUGACUUAUGAAGAAGCAAAACAAUUUGCUGACGAAAAUGGUCUUAUGUUUGUUGAGGCUAGUGCAAAAACAGGUCAUAAUGUUGAAGAAGCUUUUUUGGAUACAGCAAAAAAAAUAUUCCAAAGUAUAAGAGAUGGCCGAUUGGAUUUGAAUGCUGCUGAAUCAGGAGUACAACAUAAUCCCAGUCAACCAGAACGUACUAAUUUACAUGGAGCUACCAACGAACAGCAUAAUGGCAAAGAUUCCUGUUCUUGUUAA